AUGGCUGCCACAAAACCCCAACGCACUCCACAGGAAGUGGAGGACAUUAUCAUCCGCAAAAUCUUCCUCGUCUCUAUAACGGAAAUCGCUAACACAAGUGCAACAGAUUCAAGAAUCGUGUAUUUGGAACCAACCGCUGCGGAGAUUCUCAGCGAAGGGAAGGAGCUUCGCCUCUCGCGGGAUUCCAUGGAGAGGGUUUUGAUCGACCGUCUCUCCGGGGACUUUUCUUCCUCCGCCGGAGAAGCCUGCGAGUCACCGUUCCAGUACCUCGUCGGAUGCUACCACCGUGCGCACGAAGAGGGGAAGAAAAUUGCGAACAUGAAGGACAAGAGCUUGCGCUCGGAGAUGGAGGCGGUGGUAAGGCAGGCCAAGAAGCUCUGUGUCAACUACUGCCGGAUUCAUUUAGCCAAUCCCGAGCUCUUUCCGAGCCGGAAUUCGACUGGUUCUAACACCGAUUCGCCGUUGCUGCCGCUGAUUUUUGCUGAGGUUGGUGGCGGAAGCGUGUUCGGGGCCGGUGGUGGAGGGGCCAAGAGUCCGCCGGGCUUUCUGGAGGAGUUUUUCAGGGACCCGGAUUUUGACAGCUUAGACCUGAUUCUAAAGGGGUUAUAUGAGGAGUUGAGAGGGAGUGUGAUGAAUGUGUCUGCUCUUGGGAAUUUUCAGGAUUCUCUGAGGGCUUUGUUGUAUUUGGUUAGGUUUCCCGUUGGUGCCAAGUCGCUUGUGAAUCACGAGUGGUGGAUUCCCAAAGGGGUGUAUGUGAAUGGCCGCGCUAUUGAAAUGACCAGUAUUUUGGGUCCCUUUUUCCAUAUUAGUGCUCUUCCUGAUCAGGCGUUUUUCAAGGGCCAGCCUGAUGUUGGUCUGUAUGUUUACCAUAUGAACCCCAGUUCUGAGACUUAUUUGGAUGGGAUAAGGCAGCAGUGUUUUUCUGAUGCAUCAACUAGGCGACCGGCUGAUUUGUUAUCUUCAUUUUCCACUAUCAAAACUGUCAUGAACAACUUAUAUGAUGGCCUAGCUGAAGUACUACUCAUCCUUCUUAAAAGUACAGACACUCGGGAAAGGGUACUUGAGUAUCUUGCAGAGGUGAUCAAUAUAAAUGCAUCCAGGGCUCAUAUACAGGUCGACCCUAUUACUUGUGCAAGUUCGGGCACAUUUGUAAAUCUCAGUGCUGUCAUGCUUCGUCUAUGUGAGCCAUUUUUAGAUGCAAAUUUGACAAAAAGGGAUAAAAUUGAUGCAAAAUAUGUGCACUACUCAAAUCGCUUGAAGCUAAGUGGGUUGACUGCUCUUCAUGCAUCAUCAGAAGAAGUUGCUGAAUGGCUUAAUAGUAAAAACCAAGGUAAGACUGGGGCAACUAAUCAAUAUAAUGAUGAUCAGAAACGCUUACAACAAUCCCAAGAGGCCAGUAGUUCUGGUAGUAGUAAUGCUGGUGAGCUCUCAAAUGAAAAUUCUGCACGAGCUGAAAAGGCGAAAUAUUCAUUUAUUUGCGAAUGCUUCUUUAUGACCGCAAGAGUGCUCAACUUAGGCCUUUUAAAAGCAUUUUCUGACUUCAAGCACUUAGUUCAGGAUAUUUCUAGGUGUGAAGAUGCUCUGUCCACACUUAAAGCCAUGCAGGAGCGGGCACCCACUCCUCAGGCAGAAUUGGAAAUAAAUAGACUUGAGAAAGAAAUGGAGUUGUACUCACAGGAAAAACUAUGUUAUGAAGCUCAGAUUUUGAGGGAUAAUACACUUAUUCAAAAUGCACUCUCCCUCUACCGCUUGAUGAUUGUUUGGUUGGUUGGCUUGGUGGGUGGUUUCCAGAUGCCACUACCAUCAACUUGCCCAAUGGAAUUUGCUACCAUGCCUGAACAUUUUGUGGAAGAUGCCAUGGAACUUCUAAUAUUUGCAUCCCGGAUUCCAAAGGCCUUAGAUGGAGUUGUGCUGGAUGAAUUUAUGAACUUUAUAAUUAUGUUCAUGGCCAGCCCCGAAUUUAUCAAAAACCCAUACCUAAGAGCAAAGAUGGUUGAAGUCUUGAACUGCUGGAUGCCUCGGAGGAGUGGCUCAUCUGCUACAGCGACUCUAUUUGAAGGCCACCAACUCUCUCUUGAGUAUCUUGUGAGGAAUCUGCUGAAACUUUAUGUUGACAUUGAGUUCACUGGUUCUCACACACAGUUCUAUGACAAGUUUAACAUCCGGCAUAAUAUUGCCGAACUUCUUGAAUACCUGUGGCAAGUCCCUAGUCAUCGUAAUGCUUGGAGACAGAUUGCUAAGGAGGAGGAAAAGGGUGUCUAUCUGAAUUUCUUAAACUUUCUGGUCAAUGAUAGUAUUUAUCUUCUAGAUGAAAGUCUGAAAAAAAUUCUUGAGCUAAAAGAAUUGGAGGCCGAGAUGUCAAAUACAGUUGAGUGGGAGCAACGACCAGUUCAAGAGAGGCAGGAGAGGACCCGGUUAUUCCAUUCUCAAGAAAAUAUUAUUCGGAUAGAUAUGAAGUUGGCAAAUGAAGAUGUCAGUAUGCUUGCAUUUACUUCAGAGCAGAUUACUGCUCCUUUCCUACUUCCUGAGAUGGUUGAAAGAGUGGCUAGCAUGCUCAAUUACUUCCUGCUGCAAUUGGUGGGUCCCCAAAGAAAAUCGCUUAGUCUGAAGGAUCCUGAGAAAUAUGAAUUUCGUCCAAAGCAUUUGCUAAAACAGAUUGUGCACAUAUAUGUUCAUCUGGCUAGGGGUGACACGAAUUCCAUCUUCCCAUCUGUCAUCUCAAAAGAUGGUCGAUCAUACAAUGAUCAGUUGUUUAGUGCUGCAGCCGAUGUCCUUCACAGAAUUGGUGAGGAUGGGAGAAUUAUACAGGAAUUUAUUCAGCUUGGUGCUAAAGCUAAAGUUGCUGCUUCAGAGGCCAUGGAUGCUGAAGCUACUCUAGGGGAAAUACCAGAUGAAUUCCUUGAUCCAAUUCAAUACACUUUGAUGAAGGAUCCAGUUAUUUUGCCUUCUUCAAGGACAACUGUUGAUCGCCCCGUCAUUCAGAGGCAUCUUCUUAGUGAUAGUACUGACCCGUUCAACCGUUCUCAUCUAACUGUGGAUAUGUUGAUUCCCAAUGAUGAGCUAAAAGCAAGAAUUGAGGAGUUUGUGAGGUGUCAACAAAUGAAAAAACACGGUGAAGGACUAAGCCUACAGAGUAACAAGGCCACAAUUCAGACUACAAAUGGGGAAAUGUUGAUUGAUUAG